GUGCUUCUGACUUGCUAUUUGGAAUAUAAUCUCUUUCCUGUUCAACCGUGUUCUGAUUUGGGGACUUGUCGAGUGAAUCGGUGUCCAAGAAUACUAAGCAAUAGGAAUAGCUGGGUCAUUAACCGUAAGAAGAACCAAGAGUUAUAACAGUGGCGACGGGGAAAAAGGAAAACAAAUUCAAGAUGCCCAUAUCAGAUGACCAGCUUAACCGAAUACUACAACAACAGCAAGCACAACUUGAUGCACAAAUGCGGAUGUUGGAGACUGUGACUCAACAGCUUAACAUCCACUGCUCGAAUUCACAUGCUAUUUCAAGUACGUCUUGUGAUGCAGUUGCUAGCAGCAUCCCAGAAUUCAUCUAUGAUCCCGAAAGUGGAAAUACUUUUCUCACGUGGUUCAAACGUUGGGAAGAUACAUUUAGAACAGAAUUCUGUAACCAAGACGAUGCGUGGAAGACCCGAUUGUUGGUACGUAAGUUGGGAAGCAGUGAACAUGCACGUUUUGCUGACCAUAUAUUGCCAAAGUUACCUCGAGAGCUCAGUUUCGAGGAGACGGUAUUUCAGUUGUCAGAGAUAUUCGGCGAGUCAUCCUCGUUGUUUAGUAUUCGAUAUCGGUGUCUAAAUUUGGUGAAACGCGAAGCUGAUGAAUAUGGUGUUCUAGCAGACAUUGUCAACAGAGAAUGUGAACGUUUCAAGUUACGCUCGUUGACUGAUGACCAAUUUAAAUGCUUAAUAUUCAUCAAAGCUCUUCAGUCACCACGAUAUGCUGAGAUCAGGACUAGACUUUUAGCUCGACUGGAUCAAGACCCAAACGUCACACUCUUUCUCUGGUAGCUGCUUUUCAAACAAACUAUGACAUUCGGAGAAAGUAUGUUACCAUCCAGAUAAACAGCAUAUCAGCUCGUCUUCAAAUUGACACGGCAUCAGAUAUCAUGUUAGUGUCUAGAGAAACGUAUAACUUGCUGGGUAAACCGCCAAUGAAGCCAUCUAAGAAAACGGCUAAAAACGCAUCAGGUGGUGUGCUAAAACUGGUUGGUGAAUUACAGUGUGAAUUUUCCUUCAAUGGAACUAACUGUACAGGAAUAUGUUACCUAACAGAACGGCCGAACCUUGAUCUUCUUGGUCUAGAUAUGCUAGACAAACUUGGAAUAAUGGAUAUACCAAUUAACAGUGUCUGUAACGUAUCGUGUUCAUCAUUGGACACCCCAUUACUUCCAAAGAAGACAGGUGAACGGUUACUAGAAAAACUGAAAAGAAAGUUUGCCUCUGUUUUUCAGAAUAGCCUUGGCCACUAUACCAAGAUGAAAGCGCACUUACCAGUGAAACCAGAUGCCAUACCUAUUUUUCGCCCGAGACGUCCUGUACCAUAUGCUGCUCUUGAGCUAGUCGACCAGGAACUUAAUCGCUUGCAGCAGGCUGGUGUAAUCCGACCAGUUAACUACUCUGCAUGGGCCGCACCGAUUGUAGUGAUUAAGAAGGCCAAUGGGACUAUACGCAUAUGUGCCGAUUUCUCGACCGGUUUAAAUGCUGCAUUAGAUGUAUAUCAAUAUCCCUUACCAGUUCCGGAAGACCUGUUUGCCAAGCUUAAUGGUGGGACAUGUUUCGCGAAAAUAUACUUCUCCGAUGCUUAUCUCCAAGUGGAAGUAGAUGAAGAUAGUAGAGAGCUUCUGGCCAUUAACACUCAUCGAGGGUUAUUUCAAUACACCCGUCUACCAUUUGGCAUCAAGACCGCACCCGCCAUCUUUCAGCAAAUAAUGGAUACGAUGCUAACAGGUAUACCUGGUACAGCAGCUUAUCUAGAUGAUAUCAUAGUUAUGGGUUCAACUGACAGUGAACUUUCUGAUCGACUACACCAAGUCCUUAACCGAGUGUUGGAGUAUGGUUUCCAACUACGUGAGGAAAAAUGUAUCUUCUUCAUGCAUUCGAUCAAAUACCUUGGUUUUAUCUUAGAUAAGAACGGUCGCCGACCAGACCCUGCCAACAUCGAAGCCAUUCAGAAGAUGCCUGCACCAACUGAUGUUUCUUCAUUAAGAUCCUUCUUGGGGUUAAUCAGUCAUUACAGCACAUUCUUGCCUGAAAUGCACCGAGUGAGAGGUCCCUUAAAUGAAUUACUAUCGAAAGAUAAACCUUGGCAGUGGUCAGCAGAAUGUCAAGCAUCUUUUGACAGAGUCAAAUCAAUGCUCAGCUCAAAGAUUCUUUUGACGCACUUCGAUCCCAGCUUGGAAAUUGUUGUUGCAUCUGAUGCCUCUAGUCAUGGAGUUGGAGCAGUGAUAUCUCACGUGUUUCCGGAUAAAUCAGAGAAGACAAUUGCCCAUGCUGCUAGAUCACUUACUCCAGCCGAGCGAAACUACAGCCAAAUUGAAAAGGAAGCUCUUGCAAUCAUUUUCGCGGUCAAAAGAUUUCAUAAAGUGCUCUAUGGUCGUACAUUUACUCUACUGACAGAUCACAAACCUUUGAUUGCAAUCUUUGGUUCUAAGAAAGGAAUCCCUGUCUAUACGGCUAAUAGACUACAGCGCUGGGCAACAAUGCUCCUGAGUUAUGAUUUUAAUAUCAAGUAUCAGUCAACAAAUACUAUCGGUCAAGCUGACGCUCUCUCCCGAUUAAUUGGAGUUCAACAUCCUGGACCAGAGGAUAUAAUCAUUGCCUCCACAGCAGUAGACCCAGAAAUACGAAGUAUAGUGGCAGAUGCCAUUCGAAACACUCCAGUGUCGUCAGAUGAAGUCAGGGAAGAAACGCUUCGAGACCCAACACUACAAGAAGUUAGAAAGUUCCACCUAGAAGGGUGGCCCUCGAAAAUCUAUUCCACAGACCUUCAACAGUUUUACCAGCGAAGACUCUCUCUUUCAAUCAUCGAUGACUGUCUGCUGUUUGCCGAACGUGUCAUAAUUCCCAAGAAGCUACAACCAGCAGUGCUUGAACAAUUGCAUGCAGGACAUCCUGGAAUAAAUCGCAUGAAAGCACUAGCACGAAGUUAUGUAUACUGGCCGCAUUUAGACACCCAACUGGAGCAGCUAUCCCGUUCGUGCACAAAAGGUGCAUUAGCAACAAAAGCACCGCGAAAAGCAGAGCUGCAAUCAUGCCCAAUACCACAGUCACCGUGGCAGCGUAUACAUUUGGACUUUGCUGGUCCACUUCAUGGACAAACUUACCUUUUGGUGGUUGAUGCAUAUAGCAAGUGGCCAGAAAUUUUUCUCAUGGAACACCCGACUGCAAGCUGCACAGUCAGUAAACUACGUCAACUAUUCAGUCGUUUUGGAAUCCCGGAAUUGAUAGUUAGUGACAACGGAACACAGUUUACGUCCGAAAUCUUCUCACAAUUUUGUCGGCAGAACGGAAUCCAGCACAUCCGAACACCUCCAUACCAUCCCCAAUCAAAUGGCCAAGUGGAACGCUUUGUGAGUACAUUUAAAAAUGCUCUAAAAAAAUCCAAAGGGGAAGGGACCACUGAAGAUAUCUUAGAGAGGUUCUUGUUUAUUUAUCGUUCUACACCGAACCCUCAGACAAUUAACGGGCUCUCUCCAGCAGAAGCUCUACUUGACAGAAAGAUACGUACACAUUUCGAUGUCAUCCGUCCUACGCCAGCUAUUGAACCCCAACGAAACCUAUCGAUGGAGAAACAGUUUAACCGACAUCAGGGGGCACAAAGACGAUUGCUCACUGUGGGACAAAAAGUGCUUGCUAUGGACUAUCGUGGGAAACAUCCUAUAUGGACAGCUGGUCGGAUCUUGAAAAAGAAGGGGAGUGUGGUUUACGAGGUGUCAGUUGGCUCGGAAGUUUGGGUACGUCAUGCUAACCAAUUGAAAGCAACCUCGAUAGCCAGCAACAAGAUUCAAUAUCGAUUACCUCUUGAUGUUCUGCUAGACACCUUUGAAAUCAAAACGCCGGGAAUAGACACGUCAGUUUCUGUGCAAGAAAAGAGUGAUACUUCUUUAUUGCCUAGACGAUGGACUAAUCGAAAGCACAGGCCAGUCACUCGGUUGCAGUUGGACCCUAGCACCAGAUCCUACGAAUCUGCUCAAAGGGGAGGUGUUAGCGGGACAUAGACUAGAUUAAAGCAUGAUCAAUGCAUGAUUGCUUUGGUGCACGCUGAUUGGCUAAUUCUUAUCCAAUCAGCACUAGUCGAUAGUUGGAGAAUAUUCUGGAAUCUUCUUAUGUAAAAACUAUAAAUAUACUGACGUUUUUCCCUAUUGUGCUUCUGACUUGCUAUUUGGAAUAUAAUCUCUUUCCUGUUC